UUCCAUCUGGGAACCGUUGGAGAAAAGAGGAGAAAACCUUUCAGACAAUUCUAGAGAAAGGUUUACCAAAGCAAAGUAUCAUCUCCUGUCGGAGAGCUCUCGAAGUACAGACACAUCGAGAGAGAGAGAUGGCGGGAGAGGAGUGUCUGAGAAAGAUUAGACUGUUCUGUCCAUCGGUGAAGAAGAUGAUCGAUUGGGUCGCGUCGAACGAGCAGAGACUUGACUUUGGCUCGAUCGCUGCAGCUUUCGGGCUCGAGCCAUCGACGGUCAAGCUCAACGGUCACUUCAUUAGCAGAGGGAACGAUCUCGACGCAUCUUGCGUGACGUGGCGGUCUCUGCUUGCCUUCUUCUCCGCUAAGGGUUUGUCCACCGGAAAAGACGACGGCGAUGCUCUCAUCGUCGAUGGCAAGCUCUCUAAAGUCGGCGCCAAAAGACCACGUUUUCAUCUUCCCGGCAAUGAUGUUGGUUUAUUCAGAAGCAAGAAGUUGAAAAAAGAUCACAGUUCAGGAGAAGCAGCUACCUUGUCUCGGCUUAAUGGUCUCGGCUUCAAGCGAAAACAGCUGCCUGAAGACAGAGAUAAUUCGCUCAAGAAAUCAAAACUCAACAUCGAUCCCAACUCAGAUUGGCGGUGUGAAGAUGUUGCAGAAACACUGACCGGAGUUUCUAGCGGUGGAUCGUUCAAGCCCUUGAAGAAAUGCAGUUUCAUCAAUGGCGGUCUCAAACGGGCAAGCGAUGACGAGCUGUUUGCUUCUGCAUCUUGUAAGAGAAUACGAACCAAAAGAGAAGCCUCUGUACAGUUUUUGUCUGAAGAAUUUGAAUGAACCAAUGGAAAAAUCUGUUGUUACGUGUGUAUUGUAUGGUACAACGAGCGGCAGUG